GGUUGCUCUGAAAUUGGCAAAAAACAAAAUGGAGGCGUAUAAUAUUUUUGUUUGGCAUAGAAUAUAAAAAAUCCCGAAUUUGUGUGUGCGAGAAGCGCCGUAAACAAAGGCCGUAAAAGCGGACAAAACAGGGCAGUGCGAGCGGUUCUUGGAACGGUUUGAUCGGCGCCCGCUGGAAGGGAACCAGCCGCAUCGCGUUGGAAGUGCAAACAAAAAAAAAACAGAAGAAACCGGAGGAGUUCGUUCCACUGCAUUCGCCACUCUUUGCUUUGCUUGCCCCUUCGCGGGAAUUACCGCUAAUUGGAUUGGACUGGAAAGCGGCGGAGGAGGAGCGCGGCGGGGAAGAGGGCUAGGAGGGAGGAUAGGAGGAGGCGAACCGCAAAGAGAGGACGCCGCGAUGGCCACCACCCAGCAAUAUUCGCUGCGGUGGAACAACUACCUGCGCCACCUCACCUACUCCCUGGACAACCACCGGCUGAACGAUGACUUCGUGGACGUCAGCCUGUGCGUCGAUGGACGCAGGAUCAAGGCCCACAAGGUGGUGCUCUCCUCCUGCUCCUCGUACUUCAAGGAGAUCUUCAAGGAGAACCCCCAUCCGCACCCAGUCAUUAUCUUUAAGUUCAUCAAGUUUGAGGAUCUCAACUCGAUCAUCGAGUUCAUGUACCAGGGCGAAGUCAAUGUGCAGCAGGAGGCGCUGCAAUCCUUCCUGCAGACCGCCGAGUUGCUGGCCGUCCAAGGACUCACCGCCGAGGAGAAGGAGAAGCCGCAGCUCCCGGUGGCGCCGCUGAUCAGCGAGCACAAGCUGAUCAAGACCAUACCGAGCACCAUACGCGCGGUCAACGAGCAACAGCAGCAGCAGCAGCAGGUGGCCAAUGUGGCCCAGGCGCAGACGGCCACGCAAACCAUCGAAAUACCCACGGCCACGCUGCUGCAGGCGACCACCGCCAGCCAAGUGCAAUCGCAGGUGGUGGCAGCUGCCGCAGCGGCCGCCCAGCAGUUGCAGGUGCAGCAGCAGCAGCAACAGCAUCACCAUGUACAAACCACCCAGAUUCAGCACAUUCAAGUGCAAUCUGCACCGCCCCCGCAACAGCAGCAGCAACAGCAGCAACAACAGCAGCAACAACAGCAGCAGCAGCAAUCCCAGCAGCAACAGACGACGCCUGUGCAGACGCAACACCUGACCAUCACCAAUGCGGUGGCCCUGCCGGCGGCCAGUUCGGUGAAGAAGCGCAAGAUCACCUUCUCCGACGACGAUGACAACAUGUACACCACCGAAACCGUUGACUAUGCCGUCAAGGAUGAGCAGACCAUAGUGAAAACUGCCGAGAUGACUUUCCUGCGCGGCGCCGUCAAGAUGGACAUACCCGACUAUAUUGUGGGCGAGGUGGAUGACCGGCUGUCGGACGGAGCCACGCCGCAAACGUCGCAGGACGCCACCACCGGAGCGGCCCAGAAUGUGGCCCAGUACUCGUCCGAGUACGAGAUACUCACCGAGUCCGAAAUGGAGGAGAAGUUCCAAGCGGAUGCGGACAACACAGAGAUUGCCAUUGAGAUGACCCGAUUGCUGGGCACCGCCAGCGGGACGGCGGGCGCGAAUUCCGGCCAGGUGAUGGAGGAUGCGGGUGGCGGCGGUGCGACGACUGGUUCCUCGACUACGGUGUCUGUGACGCCGGUCAAAUCGGACAGCAAGGCCAGCGGGACGAACGCGGCAAUGAAACAGGAACCGGGAACUGAAGCUAGCAGUGCCGCAGAAGCCGUCGAAAGCGGACGAACUGCACCGCCAGCGGCUGUUAGUGAUGAGGAAAACGCCCAGGACACCGGUCUCGCACCACUGAGCUGCAGUUUCUGCAGCAGACACCUCAAGUCGGUGAAUGCCCUACGGCGACACAUUGCCUCCCGGCACUCGGAGAUCCAGGGAAAGGAGCACGAGUGCUUCAUCUGCAUGAAGAGCUUCAAAACCAAGUGGUCGUUGUCCACCCACAACUCCCGGUUCCAUCGCGAAAUGGGCUGCUCGACCAAGGGAUUCACCAAGAUCGAGUAUACCGAUCACUGAACUAAAGCUCGCCAUUAAUUAGAAUUAAAUAAGAGGUUAAUACGUACAAGUAGAUUGUAUUUUAUCAUAUCAUA